GUGUCUACCGAGAGGAUGAGCUCGGACUGGGACGCUGAUUUCGAGAAGCAGCAUCUCUGGAUGUACCUGCAGACGCUGGGCUUGGAUCCGAGCCGGGUCGUCACCGUCGGCGGGAAGAUGGUGUCUCACGCGCACCUUGGAGAGAACAUGUUUGACAAACUGAACCGUGAUGCCUUUUAUAUAGUUUCUUAUUUUUUGUUUCAAACACUGAAUGAAUCUCAUGCCAAAGAAGUUUUCAGAGAUUGCUGGCCUCCAUUUAACCAAAAACAUGACAUGGAAUUCCGGAAACAUUGCUGUGAAUGGUUAAAAGAGAUUUCUGCUGAAUGUGGAAGUGGUUUUCCUCAAGUUGUUGGCUCACUGUUUCUUUCUCCUGGUGGUCCUAAGUUUAUUCACCUGAUGUAUCAUUUUGCAAGAUAUGUCGCAAUCAAAUAUAUUAAAACGAAAUCUAAUGAUUUUGUGCAUUUUGCAGAAACAUUUCAUUCAAAGCCACAAGAUAUGCACAAGUGCCUUGCCAGAUGCCAUGUAGCACGUGACAGAUUUUUACGAAUUUUGCAAAGAGAAAAUUAUGUUAUUCAAAAAUACCAGGAAAAUGCACAUCUGUCUACUAAGCAAAUACGAAAUUUGAAAUCAGAAUGCAUGGUCUUACAAAACCAAAUUAAAAGAAUGGACCCCUGUGAUGAUCAGAGUAAUAUACAAGAGAAAAUUCAAAAGGUUCGGUCUUUGUGGACUUCAGUGAAUGAGACACUCACGUUUUUGGAAAAGGAGAGAGAAGUUGUUAGUUCAGUAUUCAGUCUUGUUAACCAGUGUGUUUUGGAUGGAACUAAUGUUGCUGUUAAUAUUCCAAGGCUCUUGCUUGACAGAAUUGAGGAGCAGAUAGGCCAGUUGCAGAUGGGAAAUGUUUAUGAGGCUGGAAAAUUGAACCUCUUAACAAUUAUUCAGUUGUUAAAUGAAAUCUUGAAAGUAAUGAAACAUGAACAUUGUAAGACUGACCAAACAAGAUUGACCAUAGACCUUCAUUACCUUGAAAAAGAAACCAAAUUUCAGAGGGAAAGAUUGUCAGAUAUGAAGCAUAUGAGGCAUAAAAUAAAUGAGAACAUCACUGCAAUAAGACAUUCUAUCCUCGAAAAGGAAGGAAAAUGGCAUAAGAAGUGGAAAGAAUUUCUUGGUCUGUCUCCUUUCAAUCUAAUUAAAGGCGGGGCUUCAGCUGUGGAUCUUUUGCCCCCCAUGUCUCCCCUUUCAUUUGAUCCUGUGUCAGAGGAAGUACAUGGAAGGAGUGUACUUUUAAAGUAUCCUGCUUCACUUCCAGAUACACAUAAAGAACAUAACCAAGAAAGUGGUAGCAGAAGAGAAGCCGAUACCCUGGGAAGUGUGUGUGAUCUAGCCAACAGCCCUGCGCCUUUCUCUUUACAGUGUGCUUCAUCAUCAGAUACAAACAGUUUUACACCACUUGAAAAGGAUCCAAAUAUGAGAACUCCCAAAGAGAAGAACAUAAUGAGUUUUAAGAAAGUGCCAGACUCUGAUGUGGAAGACUCUCCUUUAUCAGAUAUUGCAAAGAAUAUACAAACUAAUGUAUUCACAGGAUCUUUGCCAGUGAAAAAAAAGAGUGAUCCAUUCCAGAAAGAGCAAGAUCGUCUGGUAGAGGAGGUUACCAGAGUAGUUCUGUCUGAUUCACCACAGUUCUCUGAAGGAAAAGAAGUAAAAUUGGAGGAGCUAAUUGAUACUCUAAUUUCUAAUCCUUUCUUACCAAGGAAACAAAUUCCCCGAACUCCAGAAAACUUGAUAACUGAAAUUAGGAGUUCAUGGAGAAAAGCUGUUGAAAAUGAAGAUAACAGAAGUUCAGAAGGGAUUCUAGUCGAUGUCAAAGCUAGAGAAGUGUCCCCAGAGUCUUCACCUGUACCGAAUAAUCAGAGGGAACUAAGCAUGGCUAUUUUUUCCUCCGAUUUUGAUCAGUCCUCUUUGCCUGAAGAAAAAGCUGUUCCAGACCAGCUCAAAAGUGUGCCUCAGAAACCUUUAGUGACAAGUCAGAUUGGUGAUCUCCCUACAGAAUAUGAGUCAGACUUGAUAAAUAAGAAAAUGUUUUGUGAGCAAGAUUUAGAGUGUGUGACCACCCAGCUCUCAGACACUGGACAAAUGGAGGCAUUUUCCCCUGCUGUGGACAGUGGAAUAGAAAUGGUGGGUAGAAGUGAAAAGGGGUCUGUUCGAAUAUUGGACCACUCACAGGCUUCUUCCAGUGAACCUUCCACACAUAAAACUCUGUUCUGGGACUCUUUUCAGAGGUUGAGUGGCAUUGGAAUAUUACAUGAAACUCUUCCAGAAGAAGUUGGUCGUCUAAGUCUUAAUAGCUCUACUACUUCAGAGACCAAUUUUAGACUGGAGCCAAAUAGUGAUGUGCACAGUGAUGCUUUUGUAGAUGAUGAUGGAAAAAGACAAGCCACUCCAGAAGUGAAUUACAGUUUUCAGGCUAUUUUCAGUCGUUACGAGGCUCUGAAGAAAUCCCUUAACAAAAUAAGGCAAGAAUCUCACCUGUCUAAUUCCAAGACACUUGAACAAGACAAAGUAGAAUUGAGCCCUGUAUCCAAAGACAUGAAAUCAGAUGAUACACAUAAUUUUUUGGGCACUCAGGACUUGUUUUACACAAAGCCAUCUCCCCACAUGUCCUUUGAUGAAAGAACACAGUCUGUAUCAUCACUAACUAAAGUUUCUCCGGUGGAGCAAAAAUUGAGGACUACGUUACCAUGUAGUCUCAGGGAAUUUCUGCCUAACUUAAAAGAAGAAGAAAUCUCAAGUAAGAGUCCUGAAGCAAGAGAACCUCUGAUUUGACAAGAUGAAGCAGUUUCCUGUUAAUUUAGCCCUGAUGCACUUAUACUGAAGCCUUGUCAUUCAACUGCAGCUGAUUUAGACACACCAUUGGAAGUGUGUGUAAUACUCUUUUUCCAAGGUCAAAGAACUUACAAAUGCACUGUGGCCUCUUGUAAUGUCUUAAGUGUUCAGGUCUUUUUUGAUAAAUAUAUGAAGUUGAAAUGUGAAGUGUUUCGAAAUAGCAAAGGUCAAGUUGUACGAAACCAUUUUGAUUCCUAGAAUAAUCUCGUAACAUAAGUUAAUGGCAAAUGUCAUAGUUUAAAAUGUCAGUUAUUAACAUAAGGGCGAGUAUGUAAUCUAAUAGCCACUGAGUAGCUUCAUUUUUCAUUUUAGAGAAAUAAACUAAUUUGUUGGAUCUUUAAAGUUUGUGAAAUUUAAUGAAUUCCAAGUAUAUUGAUCCUACAGAAUGAUGUAGAUGGGAUAAAGCACAUAUGGUAAGUAAAGACAAGACAGAAUGAGAGGAGGAAAGGUAGAUGACCAGACAUUUAAAGAACACUGUCAAACUGUAUUAUUUCAUUUACAAAGAUCGAGAAUUUAACCCCAUUUUAUAUUUAACACAAAUAUAAA